CAUUUGCAUUUGUAAUUCCUGCAUUUUCAAGAACCCAAAAAAUACCCAUUUCUCCCGACCAAAGAAGAAAAAGCUCCAAAACAUGGUGAAUUUCUUGUUGCAGUUCACAGCAGAGCUUGAAAAUCUCACCAAUCUCCAGCCUCAAGGAGGCGCAGAUAAUCCUGACUUCCCUUACUUUUUCAAGCUAAAAUGUGGUAACUGUGGAGAGUUGACCCAGAAAGAAACAUGUGUAACUCUCUCCAAGACCGUUCCUCUUCCCAAUGGGAGGGGAACUACCCAUCUUGUGCAGAAGUGCAAAUUCUGUGGGAGGGAAGCAACAGUCCUGAUGAUCCCAGGGCGAGGCCGACCACUGACUGGUGAAUUGGCUGAAUGUGAAAAACUUGUUCCAUUGAUGCAGUUCGAUUGCAGGGGCAUGGAACCGGUUGAGUUUCGUUUCGGAAAAGGAUGGGAAGCUCAAUCUGAACUCCAGACGAAGUUCACUGAAAUUGACCUAUCGGAUGGUGACUUUGUGGAGUACGAUGAGAAGGGGAAAUGCGCAGUUUCGAUAUCCAAUCUCAAGUCCUGUUUCGAUGUGGUGAAGUAAGAAGAAAGUAUUUACAAACAAGGGCAUGUGAAACAUCUCUCUCCAUUUUAGUUUAAAAACAAGGUACAUAACUACAUAUAGCAGUUGUCUUGUUAUGGAAGUUUGGCCACAGUACUGUUUACAGACAAUGAAUGAAUGGAUGGCUGCAGUUCUAAUUGAAAUUUCAAAAGGGAAGAAGUCCAGGCUCUGUAGGAAGGGCUGAUACAAGUAUGUCCUGCACAGACAAGGGAUUGAUAGCUUUCUCAGUUACAUUUUAGAUUGAAUACAAGUAAAAUACAACUUUGACUCUGUAUUAUACCUUUCUCCCUUCUUCUCU